AUGAGUACAGGCGUGAAACCUAUAUUAUAUUCAUAUUUUCGCAGUUCAUGUUCAUAUCGAGUUCGAAUUGCUUUAAAUUUGAAAAAUAUUAUUUAUCAAAUUCAACCGAUUGAUUUACUCAAAGGAGAAGCUUCAACUGAUGAAUAUAAAACGAUCAAUCCAAAGGGAGAAAUUCCAGUAAGUAAAGAAAUAUUAUUUAUAAAACUAACAGACUAA